AUUGUAAUUUGAAGUGUAGUAGGGGAAACCAUGCAGUGAAAAUCUUAAGUUUAUAUAUUUAUCAAGCAUGGUAGCGAGAUUUGUCACACUUGGUUGUUUCUAACUUGCGUCAAAGUGAUGUGAAAUAAAAUAAUUUUUAGUGCAAAAAAAUUUCACUGUGAUAAUAUUGAAAAAAAUUAUACGAAAAAUGCUAAGGAGUUUUGCUAAAUUUUGGGAAUACGGUGCUGGAAAAAUCGCUUUAGCUGCAAUUUGUGCCCAUUCGGUGUCCAUUUCAAUUGGUAUUUGUCAAGGUUACAGUGCUAUCCUCCUUCCCCAGUUAAAUGAAACAGAGAAAUACAGAAGCCUAACUGAAGACGAAAAAUCAUGGAUAGCUAGCUUGGGAACAAUCACAAAUCCAGUUGGUUCCAUGCUAUCUGGGUUUUUAGCUGAGUUUAUGGGAAGAAGACGAGCAAUCCAAAUAACUGCUCUUCCAUUAGUAUUAGGGUGGAUGUGUUUCGGAUUAGCUCAGAAUAUAUAUUGGUUAUACGCAGGACGACUCAUAACUGGUAUAGCGGCAGGAAUGUCACCUGCGUGUUAUACAUACGUUGGAGAGAUAUCAACAUCUGAAAAUCGAGGAUUUAUGCAAACUCUCGGUCCAAUAUGCGCCUCGUUCGGUAUUCUCUUAACGUACGUGCUAGGAUACUUUUAUAACUGGUCUACGGUAGCUUAUAUCAAUAUAAGUAUGGCAAUUUUUUCAGCAAUAGUUAUCCAAUUGGUACCCGAAAGUCCGUCUUAUCUAUUGAAAAAUCAUCAGCAGGCGAAAGCAUUUAAAACGUUACUUUGGCUUCGAGGAAACAAUGCGUUAGCUCAACAAGAAAUCGAUAGAUUCAACGAAAACCAAAAAGAGAGCAACAGCAAUCUAAUGAGUUUCAGAGAAAUGUAUUUCGGUCCGCAAACAGUCAAACCUUUUCUUAUUUUGGUCGGAUUAUUCUUCUUGCAGGAAUUUUCCGGAAUUUAUACUCUUCUAUUUUAUGCGGUGAACUUUUUCGAGGAGACCGAUUUAAGUAUCAAUGAAUACAUAGCUUCAAUUAUUGUGGGAGCUAUACGAUUUUCUAUGUCUGUAGUGAUAGCUUUCUUAAUUAAUAUAUAUGGAAGAAAAAUACUAUGCACCAUGUCUAGCAUAGGCAUGGCAACAACUAUGUCGAUAGUUGCUGUUUAUAUUAAGUACUACGAAUUUUAUCCAGACGAAAAGAAAAUCCUAAGUUAUUUGCCCCUGAUUGGGGUUAUGGCUAACGUUGCAUUCAGUAUGGUAGGUAUGCUACCAGUACCUUGGGUUAUGGUAGGAGAAAUGUUUCCUCUGAGAGUAAGACCGAUAAUGUCGGGAGUUGUAGUUAGUAUAGCACAAAUAUUAAUUUUCAUUUGUGUCAAAAUAUAUAUUAAUAUGAAUUCAGCAUUGAACUUCAGUGGUACUUUGAUGGUAUUCGUAGCAGCGUCAGUAAUAUCAGCAUUUUAUUCUAAAUUCAUUUUAAUAGAAACUAAAAACAAGACUUUGGAGGAGAUAGAAGCUUUCUUCAGAGGAAAUAAAAAAAAUGUAGAUGUUAAUACUGAGACCGGUGUCGAUAAUAAAGCAUUCGAUAUGUUUUCCGAAAAUUUGGAUGAAAACCGAGUGAAUACGAUACGUGUAAUAGUCGAAACUUAGUGGAAUUAAUUGUGUUAAAAAAAUAUUGUUUCUAUUUUUACAAGCAGUAUUGUGAUACAAAAUAGGUUUUAAGGUUUAGAUAAAACUUUUAUAUUACGGUUCUCAUAGAAUCAUUUAUUUAUUUUGUUAUUUUUAAUAAAAGAUGUUACUAUCAA